AUUUUCAUUUUCUUAACAGGCAUCAGUUUAGAUCGUCAUGUAAAAGUCGCAAUAGAGGACAGUGGAGUAGAAACAGGAAGCCAUUUGUAUAGUCUAUAUCCGAAGAUGUGUGAGUUAUUAUUGAACAGUAAAAGUGAUAAUACAGUCAAGUCGUAUUUCUACGCUUUUAGAAGGUGGGAAAAAUUCAUUACAGAACAUGGACAAGAUGCUUUACCUGCACAACCGGUACACGUUGCUUUAUAUUUGACAAAUUUAUUGAACAAUGGAUCUACUAGUCAUCCCGUUUCCAAUGCUGUAUACGGUAUAAAAUGGGCCCAUGAAGUGAGUGGGUUACCAGAUCCUACUAUAAACUCUUUCGUUACUUCCAUAGUUGAAGCUUCCAAACGAACCACAACUAAAACCUCCAACAAAAAAGAUCCGGUUUCAGCAGAGAUAUUAAUUGAACUAUGUACGCACUUUAAAGAUUCAGAUGAUUUACUCAUUAUUAGAGAUUUGACAAUGAUAUUACUAAGUUUUUCUGGUUUUCUGAGAUAUGAUGAAAUUAGUUCGUUAAGAUUUAAAGAUGUUGUUAUACAUGACAAUUAUUUGAUUUUGUAUAUUAACAAAAGUAAAACCGAUCAGUAUCGUCAAGGAAACGAAAUUCUCAUUUCGAAAGGUUUAUCCAUAGCUUGUCCAUACGUUAUGUUCAUAAGAUAUUUAGAACUUAUAGGCCUACAUUCUUUCAGAGCCGGUGGUGCAACGGCUGCUGCAAAUGCAAACGUAAACGAGCGGUGUUUGAAAAAACACGGCCGGUGGAAGUCAGACUCUAGCAAAGAUCGUUACAUUGUUGACUCCACAGAGAAACGUUUACAGGUCUCGAAGGAAUUGGGUUUAUGAUAUUUGUUUAGCUCUUAUUUAUUCU